GACUGGAAGAGACGCACUGACACAUGUAGCCAGCGCAAAUUCUAUUAGAUACAUUUUCUCUGACCGGUUAUUGUGGUUUUGAAAAUCCCUCUUCAAUUAACUGUGAAGACUGGAGCAGUUGACUUAUUUUUUCUCAUCUGUAAACUAAAAUUGGGAAUGACCAUGGGGGCCAGGCCAGGCUGUGGGUGUAGCCACUGAGACAGAGGGAGAAAGGCAAGCCAGCACCAGCCAAGCACCCUGCACUCCUGCUGGGGAAGAUGGGGGAGACAGAGGAGGAGAAGGACCAGGCAGGGAAGCUGUUUGAGAACUUCAUCCAGGCCUCCACCUGUAAGGGCACCCUGCAGUCCUUCAACAUCCUGUGCAGGCUGCUGGAUCUAGACCCUCAGGACCAUGAGACAUUCUACAGUAGUCUGAAGACCAGGCUCACCUCCUGGAGGGCCAAGGCCCUCUGGACCAAGCUGGACAAGAGAACCUGCCACAAGGAGUACAAGAAGGGCCAGGCCUGUGUGGGCACCAAGUGCCUGAUCAUCGGGGGAGGCCCAUGUGGCUUGCGGACGGCCAUCGAGCUGGCUCUGCUGGGGUCCAAGGUGGUGGUGAUUGAGAAGAGGGACACCUUCUCCAGGAACAACGUGCUGCACCUGUGGCCCUACACCAUCCACGACCUCAAGGGCCUCGGGGCCAAGAAGUUCUACGGAAAAUUCUGUGCUGGAGCCAUAGACCACAUCAGUAUUCGCCAGCUCCAGCUCAUGCUGCUGAAAAUCGCCCUGCUCGUAGCUGUGGAGUUCCACGUCAAUGUGGAGUUUGUCAAGCUGCUGGAACCUCCAGAGAACCAGGAGAAUGACGGGCCUGGCUGGAGAGCUGAGAUCAGGCCUGCCGAUCACCCUGUGGCUAACAUUGACUUUGACGUGGUGGUGGGGGCUGAUGGGAGGAGAAAUACCCUGGAAGGGUUCAAGAGGAAGGAAUUCCGUGGUAAGCUGGCAAUCGCCAUCACGGCCAACUUUGUCAACAGGAACACCACGGCCGAGGCUAAGGUGGAGGAGAUCAGCGGUGUGGCCUUCAUCUUUAACCAGAAGUUCUUCCUGGACCUCAAAGAGGAGACAGGUAUUGACCUGGAGAACAUUGUAUACUACAAGGACAACACGCACUACUUUGUCAUGACAGCAAAGAAACAGAGCCUACUGGACAAGGGGGUCAUCAUUCAUGACUACAUAGACACAGAGAUGCUGCUGAGCAGUGAGAAUGUGAACCAGGAAGCUCUGCUGUGUUACGCCCGGGAAGCUGCUGACUUUGGCACCAACUACCAGCUUCCCACGCUGGACUUUGCCAUAAAUGCUUGUGGCCAGCCGGACGUGGCCAUGUUUGACUUCACCAGCAUGUACGCCUCGGAGAACGCAGCGCUGGUCAGAGAACGCUUCGGACACCAGCUACUGGUGGCACUGGUUGGGGACAGCUUGUUAGAGCCGUUCUGGCCCAUGGGUACAGGGUGUGCGAGAGGCUUCCUGGCUGCCUUUGACUCAGCCUGGAUGGUGAAAAGGUGGGCUGAGGGCAGGACCCCUCUGGAGGUGCUAGCUGAGAGGGAGAGUCUUUACAGAAUCCUGCCGCAGACAACCACUGAAAACAUUGCCAAAAACUUUGAGCAGUACACUAUUGACCCUGGGACUCGGUAUCCCAACCUCAUUUCCACCUGUGUCAGGCAAAACCAGGUGCGUCACCUCUACAUCAAUGGAGAGCUGCCAGUGAAGUCGUGCUCUCUGGAGCGUAAUGCUACAAUACGUCGCCCUGUGAACCUGGCCAGACGAGAGUCGGAGAUCAGGCCGGGCAGGCUGCUGACGUGGUGUCAGAAACAGACCGAGGGCUACAGGAAUGUGAGCGUGACAGACCUGACCACCUCCUGGCAGAGCGGCCUGGCUCUCUGUGCCCUCAUCCACCGGUUCAGAUCCCACCUCAUAGAGUUUGAUGCGCUGAACGAGGAGGAUUCAGCUAAUAACCUCCAGCUGGCAUUUGACCUGGCUGAGCGGGAGUUUGGGAUACGGCCCUUCACCACUGGAGAGGAGAUGGCUGCUGGUCAGGAACCAGACAAGACCAGAAUGGUCACCUACCUCUCCAAGUUCUACGAGCUGUUCCGCGGCACCCCCCUUCCCGUCUCAGAUUCUAGAGGGGCCGACGAAAACAGUGAAGACUAUCCUUCAAAGGCAGUCAGAAGUAUGAACAAAGUUCUGAACUUGGUACCAAGAAAAAGGGUACCAAAGGAUGAGAAGAAGCUAGAAGAUACUGACCCAACAUACAAAAGGAGACGAAAAGUCUGCAGUUAUUUGGAAGAGGCAACCAACGUCUCUAGUCGGAGUGCGUCCUGUGUGGGUGAGGGGAGGGAGGUGAAGGAGAACAAGGUCCGCUCCAUGGCCACCCAGCUUCUGUCCAAGUUUGAGGAGAGCACCCCCAGCUUCACCCUCCGGAGACAGUCUCAGUGUGAUUGGGGUUCUGGGAGGGCCCCUCGGCCACGCUCCAUGGACAUGACUGAGACCCCACGCUUCACCAACCUCAGGCAGCAGACCCCACCCAACCCUCCCCCUAAGACACAGUUUCAGUCUGCAACCUGUACCAAAUAUGUAGCUGAGUGCACCGCUCGGCCCCCACCCCAGCCUCCUCCCAAACCCAAGCUCUCGCCCCAGCUCCAAGCCCAGCUUCAGUCUCAGCACCAGCCCCAACCCCAGUUCCAGCUCCAACCUAAGCUCCAACCCCCACCCAGCCCAAAUCACACCCUCAGGAAGGUCAGACAGGCUGAUCAGACACGUGCUCAACCCCAGAUGCAGCCCCAGCAGCCAGAGAGCACACACUACCCUGGCUACUCUCCCUCCUGCCACUCAGCAGUCCUAGCCAUGUCUAGAAUGCUCCAACGCCUUCAGGAGGUGGAGGAAAAGAUCACCCAGAAGAAGGCUCAAACCCAGAAUGCUAGAGAGUUUCACAAUAAAAGUAUCAAGGAGAAAGCGGUCCACCUGAGAGCACUGUUCUCUGGGGAUGUGACCUCUACGUCCCAGCCUGAAUCUGAUGAACAGGCCAUUCCCCCAGAGUCUGGUCCCAUCCUCCCUAACCCCAGUCCAGAACUCACCUCAUUAUACCUUUACCCAGAAAUCAGCCUUUCUACCUUCUCACGUCUUCAUCCCUAUUCCUCAUCCUCAUCCUGUCUACUCCAACAUCAGUCUGGAUCUGCUGGACAGACCAUUCCCUCUCCUCACAUCCUCCCUGCUCCCAGUCCUAAAAUCUCUUCAUCACUACUUUGUCCAGAAAUCACCCUUUCUACAUUUUCACCCCCUCAUACCUGUUCUCCAUCCUCCUCUUCCUCCUCUUCCUGUGUACUUCAACAUCAGUCUGGAUCUGCUGAACAGACCAUUCCCUCUCUUCCCAUCCUCCCUGCUCCCACUCCUAAAGUCACUUCCCUCAUUUGUCCAGAAAUCACCCUUUCUACCUUUUCAGCCCCUCAAACCUUUUCUUCAUCCUCAUCCAUUCUACUCCAACACAAGACCAGUCAAUCUGGGGGACUAGAUAUGCAGCUUUGUAAGAAAGAAAUGCAAAGAGAGCCCUUGAAUGAGUCACAUGUGUGUCACAGCAGUGGCUCCACACAUGUAUCCCAACAACAACACACUGCAAUACUCCAACCAAAGCCAGAGCCUGUUUUUAAUAACGUCAAACAGCGGACGGUGGGGAAGGUGUCUCUGGCCAUAGCAGCCAGGGCUGUGAAGCUGGUCACCCUCAAUGAGACUGACCACAGGCCUAAAGCCUCCACCCCCUGUUCACCCCCAGCCUCUCCACCUCUGUCUCCGGGUUCCUUGCGAAGGGAGUUCCCCGGUUCUGGUGACAAGUGUCACUCCUGUCAGAAGCGUGUAUACGUGGUGGAGAGGAUCAGUGCUGAGGGACUUUAUUUCCACAGGGAGUGCUUUCGCUGUGACACCUGUGGCUCCGCCCUGCGCCAGGGAGGCCAUGCCUUCGACUCUGAGCAGGGCAAGUUAUACUGCAAGCUGCACUUCACACAACGUAAAAAUGGAAUGAACCAUCGAAGGACAUUCAAUUCACAUCUGGGUCAGAAUGGAGCCGGGGUUCAGGAGGGAUCAGGGACUCCCAACGGUGACACAACAGACGACCUGCAGAGCCAGUCACCAGGUACCUUCAGCUCCCGCCUGAGGAAGAGCCUGAGCUGGCCCCUGAGUGUGACCCGGGCUGUGUGUGACUCCCCCCGCCGCCUGUCUCGCUGGGUGCAUGGUACAGCCCAGGCCAUGGGCCUCCACCUUAGGGCCAAUGUGCAGGACUAUGCCUUCCUGUAUGAGCUGCUGAGCCUGGGAGUGCCCCUGCUGUUCAUACUCCAGGAGGUGCUGCUGCAGAUGUACUCUGAGACCGGGCCUGUCUCCCAGUCCAUCCAGCCCCUACUGCUGUGGCUGGAGGAACACCUGGGCCACAGGCUCAUGUAGAGGCCCACCAGGGAGGGAAGCCUAAUCCUUACCCUGUCCCUAACCCUCGUGCAAUAGGGUCUGAAGCCUGGCCGAACAUUAACUGGCGUAUCUUGCAUUUGUGCCAUGUCAUAUGAUGGCAAGCUACCGUUUGACCAUGUGUACAGGCACCUUGUUAAUAUUUUCUCACAGAAUAUGUAGCUAUCAGUGCAUUAGAUCUAGUCCUACACCAACCAAAGAACAAAUAACAUUUCCCAAGCAGUAGCUUGGUUUGUUAAACGUGUGAUAGUUUUUCAUGAACAUUAUAUUGUUCUUUAUCAUGAGGGGUAAUGUACUGUACAUGGUUUCAUGGUGGUCUAAAUAAUUUACAGUAUGUGUUUGAUAUGACUGCUGAAAUCAUUCAAUCUAUAUUGCUCUAGAGUUUAGUCUUUCAACAACUGGCUGUCAAAAUGGAGCCAGUUUUUACAUGGCUUAACUCAGGUUAUGACAGAUUUUUUGUGUGGAAAAAGUAAUCUAAAUGAAAAGACUGACUUGAAGCACUUUAACUUGGGGAGCUACCUUGGCCUGUGGCUGAUGCCUGAUGAAUGGUGUGGGAGUUAAUGGCUGCCUAAUGAUUGUCCAGGCCUUGGAUAAUGACUAGUGCUGACACUGCACAUUUACUAAACCCUGCUGAACUCACAGGUCGGGGUCGGGGGCCAACGUGGAUCUGUGCUCGACCAGAUUUUCUCAUAUUCUUUUCAAUUUCAGUAUUGUUUGACACAUAAGUUUACAUUUGAACAUUGUUAUUGUAAGAUCUCCUAUGACACCAUGACCGUAGUGUACUUUCGCUACACAUUAUGAUAACUUUUAUUGCUUAUUUUUUUGGCCCAGUGCCUCCAGUAUGCAUUGUCCGUUGUACUUAAAAAGUGGAAGAAGUUUCAUGGCCAUGGGCUUUGGUUUACUACUCCAGUUCAUGGACUGUUUAAUGCUCACUCAUUGCUGCCACCUUUUGGUGAAACAGAUGGAAGGCCAAAUUCAAUUUACUGUAUGAUGAGGUGGAAUAAGGGACAACCUUCUAAAGAGUUGUUGUAUGUUUGUAAUAGAGGAGGUUUUCUUCAUUUUUGUUAUUUUGUACAAGUCUAUUUCACUUAAAUAUGUUUUUCAUAAUGUAAAGAAUAUUGCUGAAAGGAAUUGUUCAGGAGGACAGAAUCUGACAUGAUAACACAGGCUAUGUUUGAAGGCUGUGGUGUGUAUGUGCUUGCCACUAAUCUCACUGUUAAUAACAAUGUUAAGUAUGAUAUCAGGAUCUCAGCUUUACUACCAAUACAAAUUCCAAAGAUACAGUUCUUGCACUUUAAAAAUGCGAAGUGUUUUCAGCCCUAACCAGAAGUUACAUCAUUCAUGCAGUACACUGUACAGUGCUAAAUUGUGUGUUGUUGAAUAGGACAUUCUCAUGCAUUUCUCAAUGCUUUUCUUUGACUAUCUAACAUUUACAAACUUUCUAUGCAUUUUAACUGGAUUUGAUCCUUUCUCUGAUUUUUCUCUGUAUUCUAACCUACUAUAUUUCCUUCCUUUCAUUUCUCCUCUUGUUCACUUGAAGUUUAUUUUCAACUUUCUGAUGAUGAGCCUCCUGAUUGGUUAGGAGACAUGCCAUUCUGAAGGUGAUCACCUGCAUGGUCACAUGGUUUUGUGAAUAAUGUUUUGGAGUGGAUGCCUGGUCAGAUUAGUCCCAGUUACUGUCAGCACUUCCACACACAAGUAAGACAUGCUUCUAACCCCUUUAGAACAUUGUGUGUUUGAGCGACAGACUGCAGUUUUUUUGCAUUGGAUUUUUCUAUUUCGUCUGCAUCUGCACUCCCAGCAGAACCAUAACUACAGCACACACUUGUUAUUGGGGUAAAGUAGGUUGAAACACAUUGUAAUAUAAUGUUCAAAGUCACACCUUCUAAGAGACUGUCUUUUUUGUUUUGGUCUUCCUAAGUGCAUGUUGAAAGAUUGACAGACCGCUUUCUGUCAUGUAAAGGCAUACCACCUUUUCUCCCAUCUUUUGCCAUCUUUCUUUCUUUCUCCUUCUCUCUUCUAGAAGCUGUCACCCAGGACAACUUUUUCUUGACCCACACAAACGAAGGGAAUUCAUCUCCCAACAGGUUCAUAACUCAUGUUGUCUUGAAUGAAUACAUUGAAUAAUGUAUCAUGGGACUUCAAAUGCAGCCUGCUUUUCUCAUGGAGAUUCUGUGUUGCUUUAUGUAUGUUCUAAAGCAACACAUGUAAAUAAAUGAACUGAGUGAUUUGUCAUACUGA